AGGUAGGGAUAGAUGGACACUCAGGUAUGGACAGACAGGUGGACACACUCAGGUAUGGACAGAUGGACAGACACUCUGACUAACUGAGGGACUCUGGUUCAUGUUUAAUGGUGGAUAUGAGUGAAGGUGUAUGAAGCUGAUUGUGUCUUUGUCUCUUCCUCCAGGAUGGACCAUGGUGGACCGCAGAGACUGAAACCUGGUGUGAGGAAGUAUGCCUGUGAACUGGAACUGGAUCCAAACACAAUGAACACAAACCUCAAACUGUCUGAUAACAACAGGAAGGUGACAAAUGUGGAGGAGGAUCAGUCAUAUCCUGAUCAUCCAGACAGAUUUGACUACUGGGAACAGCUGCUGUGUAGAAAUGUUCUGACUGGUCGAUGUUACUGGGAGGUCGAGUGGAGAGGAAGAGUUUAUAUAUCAGUGAGUUACAGAAGAAUCAGAAGGAAAGGAGACAGUGCUGACUGUAGGUUUGGAUUUAAUGAUCAGUCCUGGAGUCUGGAGUGCUCUGAUCGUUAUGGUUACUCUGUCUGGCACAAUAAGAGAAGAACACCCAUCUCCUCCUCCUCCUCCUCCUCCUCCUCCUCCUCCUCCUCCUCUGUCUCUAACAGAGUAGCAGUGUAUGUGGACUGUCCUGCUGGCACUCUGUCCUUCUACAGAGUCUCCUCUGACUCACUGAUCCACCUCCACACCUUCAACACCACAUUCACUGAUCCUCUGUGUGCUGGGUUUAUGUUCUACUACUAUGGUUCCUCAGUGUCUCUGUAGGAGGAGCAGA